AAUUCAACAUUCACCGGCGCUAUCGUUUCUCCUAUCGUGGAUGCGCAUAACGCUUCUCUCGCCCAUCUACGGCACGUUCACCUCCCUGCCGCUACCUCACGCGCCGCACCAGCGUCACACGCACCGCACCGAUAGUUAUGCCGCUCAGCUGGCAGAACUACCGGCAGGCUCACUG